GUUUAUAGUUACCGCUUAAACGCAUAAUUUCAAUUUCUUAAGCUGUAAAUUAAACUUGCGAUAUGAAGUUUUCUUACAAAUUCUCGAAUUUGUUGGGCACAAUUUAUCGCAAUGGAAAUCUGGUGUUCACUCCUGACGGCAAUUCAGUUAUCAGUCCUGUGGGCAACCGGAUAACGGUAUACGAUCUCAAGAACAACAAGUCGCGGACUUUAUCCUUGGAAUCCUUUUACAAUUACACAAACAUUGCCCUGUCUCCAGAUGGCAGCCUGUUGAUAGCUGUCAAUGAGCAGGGCAAUGCACAGUUGAUCAGCAUGGUCUCCUGCACGGUUAUACAUCGGCAUAAAUUCCAAACGGGUGUGCAGUGCAUUACCUUCAGUCCUGAUGGCAAGUACUUUGCGGUCGCAAGAGAGAAUCUUGUGCUAAUUUUUUGCUCUCCGGGAGAGUUAACUGGCGAAUACAAUCCAUUUGUACUGAAGCGUAGUUUCCUCGGCGGCUACGACGAUAUCACAUGGCUGGACUGGUCGACAGAUUCCAAGCUUCUGGCCAUCGGAUGUCGUGAUAGCUCCACUAAAAUAUGCGCCGUCAAUCACACGCGUAAUUUUCGAACUUAUAAUUUGAGCGGACACACGGAUGCCAUAGUCUCGUGCUUUUUCGAAUUGAACAGCUUGCACUUGAGCACUGUCAGCCGGAAUGGACAACUCUGCCUCUGGGAAUGUAGCGUUGAACCGUCAGACUUAAUUGAAGUCAGUCAAGCUAAAGCGGAACCCUUGCCGCCUCUCGCCAAACGAAAAGCUCCCAAUACACAAUCAGACAGUGAAUCCGAAGAUGACAUCGAAGGCAAUCUAGAAAAGCAAAAGAUGGCGGUGAAAGAUGAAACCGAGGACCAGAACCAAGUCAAAGACGAAAGCGCUAAGAAGUCACAUCCAUUCUAUUACAAAAAGCUCGGACGGCACUAUUUAGCCAACGAGCCGCGCAAGGAGAAACGCGAUGCGAUGCUGACAGCGGCCAACUAUAAUCGGCACACAAAGGUAUUAGUGGUCGCCUUUAGCACUGGCGCUUUCUACUUGUAUGAGCUACCCGACGUCAAUAUGAUACACUCGCUGAGCAUCUCCGACUAUCCCAUAUCGGCAGCCCUAUUUAAUAGCACUGGCGAUUGGGUUGCAUUGGCCUCACGCGAAAUCGGACAACUGCUGGUGUGGGAGUGGCAAAGCGAGCAGUACAUUAUGAAGCAGCAGGGUCACAGCAGUGAGAUGACUUGCAUAGGCUAUUCUCCAGAUGGCCAAUACAUUGCUACCGGCGGAGAGGACUCCAAGGUAAAGCUGUGGAACACUCAAAGCAGCUUCUGCUUCGUGACCUUCAGUGAGCACACAAGUGGUGUGACCGGUGUACAGUUUAGCCGUAAUAAAAAGUUUCUGGUUAGCAGUUCACUGGACGGCACAGUGCGUGCUUUCGAUAUCAUAAGAUAUCGCAACUUCAGGACAUUCACAUCGCCAACUCCAACUCAGUUCGCAUGCGUGGCCAUAGACUACUCUGGAGAGUUGGUUGUUGCUGGUGGUCAAGAUGUCUUUGAGAUAUUUUUGUGGUCCAUCAAGACGGGAAAACUAUUGGAAGUGAUUAGCGGCCAUGAGGGCCCAGUGACAUCUGUGGCCUUCUCGCCAGUCGCCACGUCUUCAACACUCAUUUCUGGAUCUUGGGAUAAGACGGUGAAAAUUUGGAAUUGCUUGGAGAGCAAUAGUGAGCACGAAACAAUAGAUGCGCUCGCCGAUGUUACCUGCGUAGCAUUCAGUCCCAGUGGAGAAGAGGUCGCUGUUGCAACGCUCGUUGGCAACAUAACAAUCUUUGAUGUGAAAUCUGCAACACAAGUGAACACAAUUGAGGGACGCAGUGAUUUGGGUAGCGGUCGACUAGAGACUGAUAUUGUAACUGCUAAGAAAAACGCACAGUCGAACUAUUUCUCAACAAUAGAGUAUUCCGCGGACGGAGAAUGCAUUCUAGCUGCGGGAAAAUCCGCCAAUAUUUGCAUUUAUAAUGUACGUGAGGCGAUUCUGCUGAAGAAGUUUGAAAUAACACAAAAUCACAGUUUGGAUGGUUUGAAUGAGUUCAUUAGCCGAAAGCAUCUGAGUGAAUUUGGCAACAUGGCUUUGGUUGAACAACGCGAGGAAGGCGAAGGAGGCAAAGUGGCAAUUCGUUUGCCUGGCGUACGUAAAGGCGACAUGUCCUCAAGGCGCUUUAAGCCUGAGGUGAGGGUCUUCUCUGUUCGCUUUUCGCCCACGGGUCAAGCGUUUGCAGCUGCUGGCACCGAAGGACUUUGCAUAUACGCGCUAGACAAGGGCGUGGUUUUCGAUCCGUUUGAUUUGACGCUGGAAGUGACACCUAAGGCAGUACACGAGGCGCUGAAGAGCGAAGAGUUCACCAAGGCGCUUGUCAUGUCCUUGAAACUGAACGAGCCCAAUUUAGUGACCUUAGUGCUAGAACGCGUGCCAUACAGGGAUAUUGAGCUACUUUGCGCGGAUCUAUCGCCCGACAUCGCCCAACGUUUGCUGCAACAUCUGGCGCGCCUCCUGCAGUCCUCACCCCACAUCGAGUUCUAUUUGCAGUGGAGCUGUUGCCUGCUGAAUACCCAUGGCAAUCGUGACGGCGUCUUCCAGCACACGGCUCUGCUCGCCCUACAUGAAAGUAUUUCGCGCAAAUAUGAAAUGCUCAACAAAAUAUGCGACUACAAUAAGUACACGAUACGUGUACUCCUGGACAGGGCGGAGCAACUAGAAGCAGCAAAAGGAGCUGAGGCAGAGCAGACAACAAACGAGGAUAGUGACAGUGAAAUGUUGUUGAUAAAGAGCACAGAGGACAAGGGCUUGGAAUGCGAGUUUAGCGAGGAAAGCGACGAAGAUACUGAAGAGUCCGAUGAGGAGGACAAGGACGAUGCAUAGGUGUAAAGUAGUUAGGCUUGUUGUUAUAAUAGAUCCUACGAAUACGCAUAUUAAAUUG